CAUCCAUAUGGUUAAAAAUAGAGGGACAUGACAUGCAAAAUCAGUGAAUACGCGACAUAGUUCGUGAGUCUGGGUAUGUUCCGGCCACUCUCGACACCCUUCUUCAUCCCUGAAUAAAAUGCACUCGAUGGAUUGCGAAAGGGGCAUCUCGCCGGAGAACAUCGUCGAUCUGUACCCUGUCGAGGACUACCUGCAUGAGAACCCGCGGCACUGGAGAUCCUACUACAAGCACGUGCUGCUCCUGGCGUACCAGAGCUGCGGCGUGGUGUACGGCGACCUGAGCACGUCGCCGCUGUACGUGUACAAGAGCACCUUCGCCGGCUCGCUCCGGCGGUUCGAGGACGAGGAGACCAUCUUCGGCGUCUUCUCGCUCGUCUUCUGGACCAUCACCCUCAUCCCGCUCCUCAAGUACGUCUUCAUCGUGCUCAGCGCCGACGACAACGGCGAGGGCGGCACCUUCGCGCUCUACUCGCUGCUGGUGCGGCACGCCAAGAUCAGCCUGAUGCCCAACCAGCAGGCCGCCGACGAGGAGCUCUCCACCUACCACAAGCCAGGCUACGCGGCGCAGGACACGGCCAUCCUACGCGCGCUCCGCCGCUUCCUAGAGAACCACAGCAAGUCGCGCACCUGCCUCCUCCUCACCGUCCUCUUCGGCGCCUCCCUCGUCAUCGGUGACGGCGUCCUCACCCCGGCCAUGUCCGUGAUGUCGUCGUUCUCCGGUCUGCAGGUCCAUUCACACACCCUAACAAACGGUGAGGUGGUGAUCCUAUCGUGCAUCGUGUUGGUGUGCCUCUUCAUGCUGCAGCACUGGGGGACGCACCGCGUGGCCUUCCUCUUCGCGCCCGUCAUCGUCACCUGGCUCCUCCUCCUGGGGGGCACCGGCGUCUACAACAUCAUCGUGUGGAAUCCCAGGGUGUUCUACGCGCUCUCUCCCACCUACCUCAUCAGGUUCUUCAUGAGGACCGGCAGAGAGGGCUGGAUUGCACUUGGAGGGGUGCUACUCUCCAUGACAGGCACGGAGGCUAUGUUUGCGGACCUUGGCCACUUCACAGCAACAUCCAUAAGGGUGGCCUUUGUGGGCUUGAUCUACCCAUGUUUGGUGCUGCAGUACAUGGGACAGGCGGCCUUCCUGUCCAAAACCCCCGAGUGCGAUAUCCACUUCAUCUUCUUCAAGUCCAUACCCGUGCAGUUGUUCUGGCCGGUGCUGGUGGUGGCGACGCUGGCUUCGAUCGUGGGCAGCCAGGCGGUGAUCACGGCCACCUUCUCCAUCGUGCGGCAGUGCAUGGCGCUUGGCUGCUUCCCGCGCGUGAAGAUCGUGCACACCUCCAGCCUCAUCCCCGGGCAGAUCUACAGCCCCGAGAUCAACUGGCUCCUCAUGCUCGUCUGCCUCAGCGUCACCGUGGGGUUCCGCGACACCGUGCUCAUCGGCAACGCGUACGGGAUGGCGUGCUCCGGCGUGAUGGUGGUCACCACGCUGCUCAUGACGCUGGUGAUCAUCUUCGUGUGGCAGCUGGGCUUCAUCAUGGCGGCGCUCUUCCUGCUGGCCUUCGGCGUGGUGGAGGCGGCGUACCUGUCGGCGGCGCUGAUGAAGGUGCCGCAGGGCGGGUGGCUGCCGCUGGCGCUGUCGCUGCUGUUCGUGGCCAUCAUGUACACGUGGCACUACGGCACGCGGCUGAAGCACUCGUUCGACGUGCAGAACAAGGUGUCCCUGCGGUGGAUCCACGCGCUGGGCCCCAGCCUGGGCAUCGUACGCGUCCCCGGCAUCGGCCUCAUCUACAGCGAGCUGGCCAGCGGCGUGCCGGCCGUCUUCUCGCACUUCGUCACCAACCUGCCGGCGUUCCACCAGGUGCUGGUGUUCGUGUGCGUCAAGUCGGUGCCCGUCCCGCACGUGUGCCCCGAGGAGCGGCACCUGGUGGGCCGCAUCGGCCCGCGCGACUUCCACAUGUUCCGCUGCGUCGUCCGCUACGGCUACAAGGACAUGCUGGGCGAGGAGAGCGACUUCGAGAACGACCUGGUGCUCCGCAUCGCCGAGUUCGUGCACAUGGAGGCCGCCGAGGCCGCCGACAACCGCCCCAGCGACGGCGCCGCGUCGGCCGUGGAGGGCCGGAUGGCCGUGGUGCGGCGGCCCAGCGACCUGGCGCGGACGGGGCGGCUGCUGGUGCAGGAGCCGGCGGACGAGGAGAGCCUGGUGGUGCGCGCGGCCACGGCGGCCACGGACGGCGACAAGUCGGACACGCUGGAGUCGCUGCAGGCCAUCUACGAGGCCGAGUCCCCGGCGGCGGCGGCGGCGUACGGCAGCCGGCGGCAGCGCGUGCGGUUCGAGCUCUCGGACCUGGCCGGCGAGCACGUGGACCCGGAGGUGAAGGCGGAGCUGGCCGCCAUCGUGGAAGCCAAGCACGCCGGCGUGGCCUACAUCAUGGGCCACUCGUACAUCAAGGCCAGGAAGAGCUCCAACGUGUUCAAGAAGUUCGCCAUCGACAUAGCCUACAACUUCCUCCGGAAGAACUCCCGGGGCCCCGCCGUGGCGCUCAACAUACCGCACAUCAGCCUCAUUGAGGUCGGCAUGAUCUACUACGUCUAGCCGCUAGCUAGCGUCGAUUCAUUGCUUCAUUACAUAUGUGUGGAUCCAUGCAUUAAACUACAUAUAGUAGCUAGGUCAAGACAUGAAUGAAUAAUCAAGAGCAGAUAACAUAAA